ACUUAGCGUCACGGAAUACCUUGAAGCUUCCCGACAUAGCAGCUCCAAUGUGGCAGAACCAGGGCAACUUUGCGGAAACUCCAAGGCAGUUCAGCGCCUACUGAGUAAAGUAUUAUGCCGCUCUCACGGACGGCUACUUGAUAUAAAAAGAGGCGAACAUGGUAUAGGGUACUGCCCAGUUGCUCCUCACCUGGCUGUCCCACUCCUUCUUUUUAUAAAUCAUUCACUACUUCUCUGAAUACAUAGAAGCUCUGGAUGGGCUCAUCUAGCGAGUCACCCACAUCCUCUGAUCUGGAUGUCGAACAUCUCGAUCGGCGCCCCACUCUUUCUAACGUACAUAGAUAUACUCUGCUUUUGAUCUUCUGCAUCACGCAGUUUCUAUAUACAACUACCAACUCAGCAUUGUUCUCCGCUAUCCCCACUCUUGUCCGGAAGUUUGACUUCACCCAAAGCCAGUCCGUUUGGAUCAUCAGUGCAUACCAGCUGACUUUUGCAUCCUUUCUCCUCAUGAGCGGAAAAAUUAGCGAUAUCUACAAUCCUAAAUACACCUUCCUAGCCGGAAAAUUCAUCCUUGGGGUAAUCUGUAUCGGCCUCGGUUUUGUCUCCGAUGGUAUCUUAUUCCUUGCACUUAGAGCCCUUAGUGGAAUUGCCGCAUCGCUCACCGUACCGUCGGCUCUAGCACUGCUCAUUGGACUCUUCCCAGAGCCCAAGCAUCAAGCAAUAGCUAUUGCAGCCUUAGGAGCUUGGGGAGCCAUUGGCAUCGUGCUGGGUCUAAUCACUGGUGCCCUUUUCGUCGAAUAUACCAGCUGGAGCUGGGUAUUUUGGUUUGUGUCUGCAGUGAUCAUACCAACCACGUUCGUUGCUGCGUUUCUUAUUCCUCAGCAGAAGCAAUCUGCGGUCCGAAAGAGCGGUUUCAUCAAAUUCAAGAGUCUUGAUGUCACCGGAAUAUCACUUCUCACUGCUGCCGUUAUACUCUUUAUAUUUGCUGUGACAUCAGGCUCCAUUGCGGGUUGGGGAUCAGCCAUGACACUAGUACCUUUGGUCGUCUCCAUCGCUACGACUGCUGUAUUCUUUUACUGGGAGGCCCUCCAGCCGGUUGGAUGCGCCGCCGUACCGUCUUCCACAUGGUUCAUUCCGAAUUUCUCUGUUCUUUUCGGAACGGCUCUUCUGCCAUAUUUCUGGUGGGCAAACAUCUUCACCACGUAUGUGCUGCUGUGGCAAGAUGUUUACCAAUGGAGCGCCAUGUCCUCUGCUGUCCACAUGCUUCCAAUAGGUAUCACCGCCUUCAUCUUCACUUUCGCCUAUAGAGUGACGUGGCUCAGGAGUCUGAGUGCAAAGUGGGUGAUACUUUUCGGCGCACUAAUGAUGAUGGCGGCACUCGUCUUAUUCGCCUUUGCCGACGGACCCGACAAGUACUGGUCGCUUGUAUUCCCCGGCUUCAUCAUUGGUUCUGCAGGUGCAAUGUUAACCAACAUUUCUGCAAACAUUGCUAUUUUCCGAGCUACGCCUCCCUCCAUGGCAGGCACCGUCGGCGCCAUGUUCAACUGCGGACUGCAACUUGGUUCGGCUGUUGGGUUGGCUGCCGUCGGUUCUAUUCAGGCGAGUGUGCAAGAGAGACAUGGGGGCCUUGCGGAUUAUCGAGGCCAGUCUGCUGGUUUUUGGUUCAUGCUGGCCUGCAUCUCUCUUGCGGCACUGGCUGUUCUAGUCUUCUACCGCACCGACACGGCCCUGAAAAUCGCGUCGACCGUACAGGUGCCUGUGGUGGAAGUGAAACACAUUUCAGUGACGUUGCGAGGGGGGUUGAACCCUUGGCAUGAGGGAGAAGCGAAGGUGGAGUCGUUGGAUGUGACGAAGGAAGACACGCAGAGUUAUCUGCGCUUCUCGCUCCAUGGCUCGAGGGUGGGGGAGGUAACAUGAAGGGGCACUAAGUUCUGAGGAUAACCGCGUUCUUCAGACUAAUUUAGACUCGUAGGGGUCUCUUUGCCUGCCUCAGUAUUUUUGUUGAGGUGGGUGGUGGAGCAUGGGAGGGGUCGUAAUAUGGAGCUAUAUUUGCUCGUUUGUUUUAAUCCUGGUCAAAUAUGACACGCUCUGCUUGAGUGUUAUACUACAUACAGUAUGUUUGAGCAGAUGAGGGUUCGUAUUUAGUUUGCAUGUUUGUUUCAAUUGCUGGUUAUUUACCUACAUACUAAGUAACUCAUCAUUGUAGAGUACGUCUAGAAAAACGGGGCACGAACGUCAU